CUGCACUUUAUUCCGUUCAAAAUUCGAUGCUUUACUGUUACUCACAACGAGGCUGCGUUUCAAGAAAUAAAAACACUCUCUCUCUCUCCCACUCUCUCUCUCUAUACUUAUGUCUCUCUGUCUCUCUCUCUCUAUCUGUUUGCUGCAUUGUCUUUAUUGCUCUUCUUUCAUAGACACAUAUAUAUCAGCUGGUAGAGAAAGAUCACUGUCUGGAGUGUAAAACUCACAAGCCUUCCACUUUCAUUAAAGCAGCUGAAUACCCAUUUGUAAUUUGGUCCUUUUCCACAAGUAUUGAGCUCACUUUCAUCAACUGGGAGUCAGAAAUUCGGAAAUAACUCCUCUUUUAUGGGGUAAAACUUGUUGUUUUGCCAAUUCUAAGCAAAAACCCAGAAUCAAGGAAAGCUGCAUGAAGGAUGUGUGAAACAAUGACAGAUGGGAAUACAAAGAAAAGCAAGCUCUCUUGGUCAAAAACCCUUGUUAGAAAAUGGUUCAAUAUCAAGAGCAAAAAUGAGGAAUUUCAGGCAGAUGAAGUUGUUUACGGGGGUGGUGAUGUGAAAUGGAGAAAAAGCUUCUCAGAGAGGGAACCAUCCGCAAUUAAGAAGAUCAGAACAGAAAAAUUAAGCAAGAAAUCAGAGCGUGUCCGCCGGGGGAGAGCUUAUCUUGAUCAUCCUCAAGUUAUAAAUGUGCAGAACAAAAGCAUUUUCGUGGGUACGUGGAACGUGGGUGGGAAAUCACCUUCAAGCAACUUGAAUCUAGAUGAUUAUCUUCAUUCAUCACCUCCUGCAGACAUAUAUGUUCUUGGAUUUCAAGAAAUUGUCCCUUUGAACGCGGGGAAUAUCCUGGGUGCUGAAGACAACGGCCCUUCCAAAAAAUGGCUGGCCCUAAUCCGAAAAACACUAAACAGUAUGCCCGGAACCAGUGGAGGUAGUGGGGCAUACACACCUUCUCCUAUCCCAGACCCAGUCGUCGAAUAUGAUGCAGAUUUUGAGGGAUCAAUUAGGCGAAAAUCGUCUUUUUUCCAUCGUCGAUCAUUCCAAACACCAUCCAGUUGGAGAAAAGAAAAUGAUCCAUCAAUCUCACACCCUCACCUUGACCGCCGAUACAGUGUCUGUGAUAGGGUAAUCUUUGGUCAUAGACCAAGUGACAGUCAUAGACCAAGUGACUAUGGCCCUAGUUCCAGAUGGGGUCAUAGGCCAAGUGACGCUUCUGGGAGUCGUAGACCAAGCGAUGCUUCAUGUGGCCACAGACAAAGCGACUUUUCCGGUGGUUAUAGGCCAAGUGACUGUUCCGGUGGUUAUAGGCCAAGUGAUUAUUCUGGGGGCCAUAGGCCAAGUGAUUAUUCCGGGGGUUAUAGGCCAAGUGACUAUUCCGCAGGCCAUAGGCGAAGUGACUCUUCCGGGGGCCAUAGGCGAAGUGACUAUUCUGGGGGUUACAGGCCAAGCGACUAUUCAAGAUGGGGUUCAUCGGACGAUGAUUAUGGGCCUAUAGAUUCACCUAGUACCGUGUUGUUCUCAACAACGGAGGAUGGUUACAGAGUGCCGGGGCAUUCUAGGUACUGUUUGGUCGCGAGUAAGCAAAUGGUUGGUGUUUUUCUGACUGUGUGGGUUAAAAGUGAUCUAAGGGAACAUGUUCGCAACAUGAAAGUAUCUUGUGUUGGCAGAGGAUUGAUGGGUUACCUUGGAAAUAAGGGGUCUAUAUCAAUUAGCAUGUUGUUGCACCAAACAAGCUUUUGCUUUGUAUGUAGUCAUUUGACUUCGGGACAGAAGGAGGGGGAUGAGCUACGAAGGAACUCUGAUGUUUUGGAGAUUCUGAGAAAGACAAGGUUUCCAAGAGUCAAUGGUGUCGGCGAAGAGAAGUCCCCAGAAACAAUCCUUGAGCAUGACCGUAUAAUUUGGCUUGGGGAUCUGAACUAUCGGAUAGCACUGCCUUAUCGGUCUGCUAAGGCGCUUGUUGAGAUGCAAAACUGGAGGGCAUUGUUAGAGAAGGACCAGCUGAGGAUAGAGCAGAGACGUGGGCGUGUAUUCGGUGGUUGGAAGGAAGGGCAGAUUUAUUUCCCACCAACAUAUAAGUAUUCAAACAAUUCAGAUAGAUACGCAGGGGAUGAUAUGCACCCGAAGGAAAAACGACGAACACCUGCAUGGUGUGACAGAGUUUUGUGGCACGGAGGCGGCCUUCGUCAAUUAUCCUAUGUCCGCGGGGAAUCUAGAUUCUCAGAUCAUAGACCGGUUUAUAGCAUGUUUUGGGCCGAGGUUGAGUCAUACCAAGGCCGCUUAAGGAAAAGCAUGAGUUAUUCUAGUUCCAGGAUUCAGGUGGAGGAGCUGUUACCAUACUCACAGGGAUACACCGAACUAUGCUUUUUCUGAGGGAUGGGGAGAGCGGAUAAUUGUCACGUUUGAGACUGUACAUCAACCCCUGGGGAUAUUUCGUUAGCUUCUAACUUUUUCGUUUACAGAAUAGGCAGGAAUUCCUUUCAAGAAAUUUCAGCCUUGAAGGAUAAUGAUGGAGACGUUUCUAUUGCCCACUAACAUAAAGUGUAUAUAUUCGCAAUUUUUUUGGCCGGCUAAUUAUUCAUCAGCAUUAAAUUGUUUGCAAACACUAUACCAUUUUGAAUUACGACUAGAUUGCCCGAUCAAGAAAUUCCCACAUUACGGUGUCUUAAAUUCCAUACAGGCAUUUGCAGUCCGCAUAAAUUCAUGAUGAACUCAACCAAUCAAGGGUGUCCACACGGGUAAAUCGAGAUUUUUGUAGGCAUUCUUUUGUUGUUUGAUGAGAAAGAGAAAGAUAUGGUCAAGAGAAUAAUCUGAGUGUUGCCUUUUUGUUUUGAAUGAGGGGAGAUGCCAAGAACUGAUGUAUACCCAUGAUUCAUGUGAUAGAAAGAAUACAAAAUUACAAGCA